AUGAAUACUUUAAAUAAUUUAAAUUCAGUCGAACUUUUCGACGAUAUUGAUCAUCUUCUUUUUUUGUGUGAUCGUCUUAGUAAUCGUUUACUUCAAGUUAAUUCCUAUGUUGAUGAAGUUAAACAAACAUGGAUGAAUAAACGACAUUCAAUUGAAUUAGAUUCUAAUAUAUCACCAAUUGUUGCUCAAAAAGUAUCAAAAUGUAAUCAAGUUUUAUUGAAUGUUGCUGAAAAACUUGCAAUUGUUGAACUUCAAACAGAAUCUUUACAUAAUCUUCAAUCUUCAAUUACAAAUAUUCUUCUAACUGGUAGUGAAAAACGUGAAGUAUGUCCUUCAAUGUCAUCUAUUAAUCAAUUAUCAGAACGUGUUCCUUCAUCUUUUGUACAGAUGUCUAAUAUUAAAAAUGAAAAUGUUAAUACUGGAUUUCUAUCACAACGAAAUAUAUCUUCUAAUACAGGACGUUCAUUAAAUGAUCAACAAGUUGGUUUUAAUUUUCAAAAUCCAUUACAUGUUACUACAAAUUCAUCAACAAAUGUAUUUACACCAAGAAAUACAGCAACAUUAUUUCAACAAAAAUAUUCAUUAGGACAACAAUCAUUAGAACAAAUUCAAUUACAACAACAAUCUGCUUUUCAUCGACCAUCAUCAAUUGUUCAAAAAGAUAAUGGCUAUAAUCAAUCGAAAAUUUCAUCACAAAAUUUACUUAUUUCACAAACAUCUGAUUUUUCAACACUACAAAAAUCAAUACCAAAUGGAUCGAUAAGUGAUUAUCAACAACAAUCAUCCAGUACUCGUCCAUCAACUAUGUCAGAUACUUAUUCAUCUCGAAUAUCAAAUCAAACUAAUGGUAAAGUUCGUGUUAAAAUGCAAGUUAUUAAAGCUAAUACUAUUUGGCAUAAUGCUGAUAUACCAAUUAUUGAUCAUCCAUCAGCAUUUUUUGUUUGUAAUCAAGAUCCACGUGUUGCUGAACAAUUUAGUAUAAUGUCAAUUGAAAUGAAUAAUUAUUAUAAUAAAUCAACUAAUAUAACAAUACCUUUACGAAAUCCAUCGAUUGGUGAUUUUUGUGUAGCUCGUUUUAGUGAAGAUAAUCUUUGGUAUCGAGCUCGAGUUGUUCUUAUACAAGAUGAAUCUAUACUUAUUGUUUUUAUUGAUUAUGGUAAUUCUGAAACAAAACCAGCCAAUGAAAUUUAUCCAUUACAAGAAUCAUUAGCUCGUUUACCUGCUAUGACUGUUGCUUGUACAUUAGCUGAAGCAUUUCCACGUAAUGAAAAUUUUUGGACUUCAGAAGCAACUCAGAUAUUUACUGUACUUGUAAAAAAUCGUAUUGUUGAAGUUCAAUUUCAACAAGGCAUUGGUCAACAAUGGCCGCUUCAUUUUGUUAAAAUUAUUCUUGAUGGACAGUCGAUUACUCAACAUCCGAAAUUAGCUCCAUAUAUAGUACCAGCUCAUAAUGAAGAAAUUGCAAUGCAUUUUAAUGAUAAACUUACAUCAAUGGAAUAUAUUUUAUAUAAUGUAGCCGUUGGUGAAUCAGAUAUUUAUAAUGAUAGUAAUGUGUCUGUGAACUCAUGGAAAACAGAUCAUUCCGGUAAAAAUGCAUGGUUUCAUCGAUAUGCUCUAUACCGGUUGAUUAUCGAUAACGCUCAAUUUGCUGAUCAUUCUCGAACAUCUUCAAUACAACAGUUACUAAGAGAACGAAAAAUUCCACUUAGACAUAUAAUUUCUAAAGGCGAUCCACGAGAAUUUCUCGGUUAA